UGUAGCCAGAAGCAGCAGAAGAAGAAGAUGCUUGGACGAAAAAUCCAGAGCCAUUUUCAUUCAAGAAAAAGAGAGGAUUCGCUGUGGAUGGCUUGCUGACUGGGUGGCCAGACUACACCCGUCUUCUCAUUUUGGCUUUUUUUUCAUCUCGACUGUGUGCUUUUGAUUAUUUCGAAUUCGCAGCAAACCGGUUUUUUCCACAUUCAUAGACUGAUAAUAGGAAUGAGUAUAGAAAUUCCUGAAGGACUGACGGAGCUGUUACAGAGCUUUACCGUGGAAGUGUUGAGGAAUCAGCCCAGGGAUUUGCUCGAGUUUGCAUUACAGUACUUCACCCAGCUGAAGGAAAGUGAGACCAAAGAGGCCUCAUUUGGCAAUGACCAAAAUUCGGCCCCAAGAUCUGGAAAAGCAGUCAAUUUCAUUGACGAAGCCAUGCAGAUCGAUUCGGAAAACGGAGAGGAGGACGACGACGAUGACGAGGAAUUCAUAGCCCCGGUAAUAAACAGAUUCAUCAGAAGAGUAUCAGUGUGUGCUGAAGCGUUCAAUCCUGAUGAAGAUGACGAGGAUAAAGAGCCACGGGUCACCCACCCAAAAACCGAUGAGCAGAGACAGAGACUACAGGAAGCAUGUUGGGACAUUCUUCUAUUCAAGAAUUUGGAUCCUGAAGAGAUGUCUCAGGUGCUGGAUGCCAUGUUCGAGAAGUUCUGCAUCGAAGGGGAGCACGUCAUUGAUCAAGAUGAUGAUGGGGACAACUUUUAUGUUCUUGAAAGUGGGACAUUUAACAUUUUCGUGAAGGUUGACGGCACAGACAAGCUGGUAGGCUGCUAUGACAACCGGGGCAGCUUUGGAGAACUGGCGUUGAUGUACAACAACCCCAGGGCAGCCACAAUAAUCGCCACCUCCCCUGGAGCCCUUUGGUGCCUAGAUCGUCUGACAUUCAGGAGGAUUAUAGUGAAGAACAACGCCAAGAAAAGGAGGCUGUAUGAGGCAUUCAUUGAAACGCUUCCACUGCUUACGUCAUUAGAGCUCUCAGAGAGAAUGAAGGUAGUGGACGUAAUAUCCACCAAGGUGUACAAUGAUUCACAGCAGAUUAUUGCUCAGGGUGAUUUAGCAGAUUGCUUCUACAUUGUUGAGUCUGGCCAAGUUAGAAUCACCAUGAAAAGAAGCAGGACGAAAAAAGAUCAGGAGGAUGAGGAGGUGGAUAUCGCCACAUGCUCGAGGGGCCAGUAUUUCGGGGAGUUGGCGCUUGUCACAAACAAGCCCAGAGCUGCAUCAGCCUAUGCUGUGGGAAGCGUCAAAUGCUUGGCCAUGGACGUACAAGCCUUUGAGAGAUUGCUGGGCCCGUGUAUGGACAUCAUGAAGAGAAACAUUGCUAACUAUGAGGAGCAGCUGGUGACCCUGUUUGGAAGUAGCACUGAGAUUGAGCAACAAAAUGCAUGAGGCAGCUCCAAUGGACCAUGAAUCGGUGGAUGAAAAAAAAAAGAGGCUUGUAUGGAUGUUUUUUCCCAUAAUCACUUACAACAAAUUUGAAUAUCCACUACAACAUUUGUUUGUCAGAUAAAUAACACAGACUGCGCAGAAUCCCAUAUGAGACACGGUUCAUUUUUAGCAGAAUUUGCCAACGAGUGUUAUGACAAAAGUAAAGUAAGCCAAAGCAGAGUUGCUUAAAGCUUGUUUGAAUUAGAUUUCUCUCGACUCUCACCGUAAAAAUGUAAGCGUACAUUUUACUUGUCAGUGUCAGAUGCAUUAUCUGUUUGUAUAUUGAACACUUUUGUUAACGCUCACCUUUUCUUCACAGUGUUAAAGUUACACCUACAGUAUAAUAUCGUUUGUACAUUUCUAAACAUUGUUUGUUGAAAUCAGAUGCCAAAGCUAAUUUCUUACUGGAUAAUUGUGAGCAAAUAUGUCACAUACAUUUUUGGCAAGAGCACUAAUACUCGCGGCAUGAGGCGCACUGGUACAAAAAGUGCCGCAACAUGAGAAAGGAUUAACAAUUUAUAAAAGAAGUUGAUUUGAUAACAUAUCAACAUAUUUCACAUUUUGAUCACAACAGAAUGUAGACUUGGCAUUACUUUGACGUUCAUCAUACGAUUGAAUCCCUUGAACACAUGUUCAUAAACUGUAUAUCAUUGUUGGUAAGUGUGUUUGUGGCUGUUAGCCUAAUACUAUGCUUUUGCAAAAAACAAACUUCAGAGAAAUAGCUGAUAGUUUUGUAAGAAUAUACAACACAUUGCUGUACAAUUUGAAACUGAGUAUUUACUGUUAUUAUAUAGGCCCAGAUUUAAUUUGCCCCUUAGCUAAAAGUUGCCCUACUAGUCAUUAUAGGCGGUGUCUUGAAACAAUUGAUUUUCCUGUGUUUUAAUGUAAAAUUUAAGUCAUAUUGUUUUUUUGUCUGUGGAACAUACAUUAUGAUUAUGACAUCCAUUAUUGCUGUCUACCUCUGCCAACAACGUAUACUGUUUGGAAACACAUGUUCUGAUGUUCCCUCUAAACAGGAAUCUAAAGUGGGUCUUCUCUAUCUCUUCUUAUCUCUCUUUUUAAGAUUAAUAAUUGAAGUCUUCUGUAUUUUGUCUGUGGUUUACUGCAGCUUAAACUGUUUUAAAGCUGGUUUAACAUUUAAACAUUCUGAAUUUAUUUCCCCCCUUUGUGCAGGUAGUGCUGGUAAUUUUUGAAGGCAAACCCAUAAUACUGGCUGAAAGUACUGUAUGUAUAACUUUUCAUGUCAAUAAAGAACAUUUUUAUA